AUGUUCUUCUUCUCCUCAGCCUCAAACCCCAUGGGUACCACACCUUCGGCGCUGCCCGCGGUCAAUGCUGAUUCGCGCCGGGGGUCCAGCAUCAUUUGGCAGAAUGAGAGCGGAGCGCUGAGGAUUCAAUCCUUUGGCCCUGCAGAUGGAAGAACGAUCGUGGCCUUGCACGGACUGUCCUCGGCGGAGUUCAUUAUCCGGGAGUGGGACACAUGUGCUGAAGCCUGUGUCAAGGUGGGCUUCCGCGUCCUCCUGCCAAACCUCCACUCGAACCCUGCAACUGCCCCGAGCUUGCUGCGCACCACAGCGAUCGAGCCGGUCUUGGAGCAGUUGAUCACACAGGAAAAUGGUCCGGUGAUCCUCAUGGGCAAGAGUUACGGUGGCGCAGUGGCCGCUGCCUUUGCCUCGAAGCAUCCUCAAUUGGUGCAGAAGUUGGUGCUGGCGUGUCCUGCACAGGCGAAGCCAAUGGUCGCACAGGAGCUGACUAUGCCAGUGCUGCUGCUUUGGGCCAAAGAUGAUUGGAUCACCUGGUUUUCAGGUGCAAAGGUCUACCAGGAGAAUUGCCCUCAACUAACCUUUCAUUCCGCGGACUCCGGUGGGCAUCGUAUCCUUCAGGCUGCUUGGUCACCAGUUCAGGAUACUAUACACUCAUUUUGUGAAACCCUGAGCUGA